ACCGGCCUGCGGAGGUGAGCCGCCGCGGGCAGAGACCGGGGAGGGGCCGGGGGCGGGGCUGCCAGGUCAAGCAGGUCUGCUCCGCUCUACCGCGCGCCCAAGUCGCGCAGUCCGUCGGCCAGCUAGCACCGUCGUCUGAUUCCCGAACUCCUCGCUGCAGUCCUCUCGACGCGGACCCGCGCGUCCCACGCCUCACGCCGUUCGGCCGGCCAGUGGGCUUGCGACGACCUACUCUGUCCGCUCGUUCUCGCGGCAGCCCUCGACCCGCCUGGCGCCCUCGCGCUCUAGCGCCCUGGUCCUCGGCGCGCGCAGCAUGGCGCCCCCCCAGGUCCUGGCUUUCGGGCUCCUGGUCGCCGCGGCGACGGCGGCGGUGGCCGCAGCCCAGGAAGGAUGUGUGUGUGAAAACUACAAAUUGACCACAGACUGCUCUGUGAACGCGCUCGGUCAGUGCCAGUGCACCUCAGUUGGUACACAGCAUUCCGUCAUUUGCACAAAAUUGGCUACUAAAUGCUUGGUGAUGAAGGCAGAAAUGAAUUACUCAAAGUCCGGGAGAAGAGGGAAACCAGAGGGCGCCAUCCAGAAUAAUGACGGGCUUUAUGAUCCCGAGUGUGACGACAAGGGGCUCUUUAAAGCCAAGCAGUGCAACGGCACCUCCACGUGCUGGUGUGUGAACACUGCUGGGGUCAGAAGAACCGAUAAGGACAGUGAAAUCUCCUGCUCCGAGCCAGUGAGGACCUACUGGAUCAUCAUUGAACUAAAACACAAAACAAGGGAAAAACCUUAUGAUCUUCAAAGUUUGCAGUCUGCAUUCAAGGAGGUAAUCACAAAUCGUUAUCAACUGGAUCCAAAAUAUAUCACAAAUAUUCUGUAUGAGAAUGAUGUUAUCACUAUUGAUCUGGUACAAAAUUCUUCUCAGAAAACUCAGAAUGAUGUGGAUAUUGCUGAUGUGGCUUAUUAUUUUGAAAAAGAUGUUAAAGAUGAAUCCUUGUUCCAUUCCAAAAGGAUGGACCUGAGAGUAAAUGGGGAACUACUGGAUCUGGAUCCUGGUCGAACUUCAAUUUACUAUGUUGAUGAAAAACCACCUGAAUUUUCAAUGCAGGGUCUACAAGCUGGUAUUAUUGCCGUCAUUGUGGUUGUGGUAGUAGCAAUUAUUGCUGGAAUCAUUGUGCUGGUUGUUUCCAGAAAGAAAAGCAUGACAAAGUAUGAGAAAGCUGAGAUAAAGGAGAUGGGUGAGAUGCAUAGGGAACUCAAUGCAUAACACUAGUUUGAAGAAUAACUACAAGAAGGGAAAUGAGUAAACAGACUCAGAUUAUAAACAUGCGCAUGGGGCGAAGAGAAGAUCUUUGAAGACCACUGUUGUGUUGUUAGUUAACAUCAUAUGUUUGUACUAGUUAAACCUGUACUCAAAAUAUAAACAGUCUGAAAUUGACUUUACCAAUCUUAAAAUUUGACUACAAGUGUCCUAUAGAUACAGAUCUAAAACCCAGAAUUUGGACUGAUAGUUUGAAUUACUUAUGCCUAACAUUGAAGGGCACGCAUUAAAUAUGCUUCCACGGUAGUCUGAAAUGACUACUGGCUUGUCCAUUUGUGAUUAAAUAGCUGCUUUCCUAUUUACUUUGAGUCUUGUACAUAUAAACUUUUUUUAUGAACUAUGAAAUAAACAUUAAAAAAGUUUCCUAA